CAAAUUCUAUCUCUGCAUGGACAAGAGAAUUUGAAAGGCUGGAGUUUCCCAUUUAGGCAACACCAGCACACCAGUCCACUGAGAGCAAAGGGAGAAGGCUGCUUUCAUUUUCACUACCUUUCCUGCGCAGAGAGCCAGAGCAGCAUGGCUGAGAAGAGAUCACCACAAGAUCCAGUCAAUGAGAUAAAGAUGAUUGCCAGCACCAUGUUUGGUGGCUUCUUGGAGGACUUGAAGGAAAAGAAGGUGUUAGAUAAGCAAGAGUUCAAAACAAUAGGGAAAAAAGUGAACGUCAUUGUGAAUAAGACUGAAAACCUGGCUGGCGAUCUCACUGAGAAAACUCAAGUGGUAGGCAAAGUAUUUAUGGACCAUUUCAUCAAUUCCAGAAGCCUGCUGAGUUUAAAAUCUCAUGCUGAAAAUGAAGAUGAUGAAUCUGAGAGCAGCAAGUCAUCUUCUCUGACAGAGAAGAGAUCACCACAAGAUCCAGUCAAUGAGAUAAAGAUGAUUGCCAGCACCAUGUUUGGUGGCUUCUUGGAGGACUUGAAGGAAAAGAAGGUGUUAGAUAAGCAAGAGUUCAAAACAAUAGGGAAAAAAGUGAACGUCAUUGUGAAUAAGACUGAAAACCUGGCUGGCGAUCUCACUGAGAAAACUCAAGUGGUAGGCAAAGUAUUUAUGGACCAUUUCAUCAAUUCCAGAAGCCUGCUGAGUUUAAAAUCUCAUGCUGAAAAUGAAGAUGAUGAAUCUGAGAGCAGCAAGUCAUCUUCUCUGACAGUUAUUCAGGAAAUCCAGGCUUCCCAAGUGGACGUGCUGAAACUUUGUCCCUGUAAGCAUUCUCAAGGACUGAAGACUGUAAGAGUACAUGAGAUAUAUCCAGUGAUGGAGAAGGAGGGCCGAACACGCCUGGCCCUCAUCAUUUGCAACAAAGAAUUUGACUAUCUUUCUGAGCGAGAAGGCUCUGAAAAUGACAUUUCAGGGAUGCAAGGCCUGCUUGAAAACCUUGGAUAUUCGGUGGUUAUAAAGGAAAAUCUCACAGCUCUGGAAAUGAAAACGGAGCUGAAGAACUUCGCCACCCGCCAAGAGCACAGAUUCUCCGACAGCACGUUCCUGGUGUUCAUGUCCCACGGCACCCUAGACGGGAUCUGUGGCACGAAGCACAGAGAUGAAGAGCCGGACAUUCUUCCCGAUGACACCAUCUUCCAGAUUUUCAACAACCGUAACUGCUGGAGUCUCAAAGACAAGCCCAAGGUCAUCAUCACGCAGGCCUGCCGAGGCAGAGGUGACGGGGCCGUCUGGGUGACUGAUGUGGGAGAAGCAUUUGCGUGGACAUAUUACCAGCCCUUGCGGCAUUAUAUCUCCAGUGAUGCCAUAGAAAGGACCCACGUGGAGAAGGACUUCAUCGCUUUCAAAUCUUCGACUCCACGGCAUAUGAUGCACAGCUGAAGCAGACGUGCUUGCUGAGCCUUACGGAGUGACGAGCAGAGGGGCAGAGAUGGACUGAGAGGAAGAUAGAGGUACCACCUCACACAAGAACACAAGAACUGUCAACCCUGUUAUGUGCUUUCAGGAAGAAUGUGUUGAAAAAUGAAGGAGUUAACUGUGUCAAUAGUAAGAGAAGGACAUUCCAGACGGAAAAAGCAUUGUACACAGAGAACCUGGGAAAGAGAGGAGCUUGGAAAACAGGGCCAGUGUGUCUGGAGCACUGAGCCAGGGGCCAGUACCAAGAGAGAGGAUGGAGGGGUAGGCAGGGGCCAUAUAAUUUGAGGCCUCAUAUGUUAGGGAAGGAUUUGAUCUUUUAUGUUGACAUGCUUUAUUACUAAUAUUACUUUACAGUAAUAGUAAUAGGAAAUUUUGGUGAAAAGUACAUCAUGAAAUGAUAAGACUGACAUUUUUAGAUGACCACUCUGGGGGUUCUGUGGGAAAUGGGUUAUGGAACAGCAAGAGGCGAUAUGGGGAGGCAGGUUAAAAUGUGACUGCAGUAUCAUGGGCCACAGGUGAUAAUGCCAGUCUUGGGAAGACAUAGCUGUUGAAUCCAGAAAUAAUUAGUAUGUAAAAUUUGCAUGAUCCGGUGUUUAGUGGAUAUGGCAGGUGAAUAGAAGGGGUGACACAGGGGACUCGAGGUCACCAGGGAUGAUUGUGGUGCCUUCAUUAAAAUGGGAAUCUUGCAAGAAAGUGUGAAAUGCCUUCGGCAUACUUCAGGAGGAAAAGAAGAGAGUUACAAGGCUGUAUAUUUGAGAAAAGAGAUCGGCAUCAGGAUUUGGGGAGAUGCUUGCCUAGGGAUUAUCUUUAAUGUUCUAACAGUGGACAAAAUGAUCCACGAACAGAGAACAGAUUGAGAAGACAUCCCAAAGCGGAGGCUUGAACUGGAGAGACGGAAGUCCCAGUCUGCAGAGUGGAUCCGAGAGUAUGGUUGGAAUAUAAGAAAGCAAAGUAAGAAGAGUAUGUGUUGUCAGAGUUACCAAAAAGAACCUAUGGGAGUUAGGGCCAGUUUCUGAUUUGAAUGAGGGAUCAGGUACAGGUGAGGCUCAGUAAGGGACCGUGAGGUUUAAUGACUCGGAGGCCAUGGCUGGCCGGGGAGGGGGAGCUCUGGGUGAAGUUAAUGCAGCAGGCAGACAGCAGCCCGGGGCGAGCGGGCUAGGAGCGUGUGAACAUGGUGAGUGAGACAAGCCCAAGAAAUGUAACUACGAAAAGGAAGAAGAAACAGGGAGGCAGCUGCAGGUGAAGGGACGAACAGGGGACGAUCGGCUGUUUGAUCACGCUGCAACAGUGAGGAGAAGCAGAGGCUCAAACCACGUGCGUGAAGAAGAAGUGCAGGUACAGUAUUACAGUAGCAAACAGUGCGGAUGGUGAGGAGGUCCAGGCUCAAGGCAUCGCGCGAUCUAGAUUCUUUUUUUGGUUAUAUAGUAAGUGCUGAAAGGAAUUCUGUUCUUUUCCACUUCCUGCAGUAGUCGGGGGGAUAACUUUGGCUCUGCCUGGGAACACGCAGGGCGUUUUCAACUGAGGGCCUGCGACGGUUUUCUCUGUGCCUGCUGUGGAAACUUGACACCCAGCUUUAUCCAGAUUUCUCUCUCUCUCCUCCAAAGCAUCGAAAUCAAACUGUGUCCAAAAGCUAUGGCUCUAAGAGUCCUCCACACUUAUACGAAGGCCACAUCUCCCAAUAUUUCAAUGCCUUUUAUUUGCAGAUAAU